UUAUGAAGUAUAGGUAAGCUGUAAAAGUGAUUUGAAAAAGAUCAGCAGCUACAAUCGUAAAAAAUAACACCAAAGUGAAUGUUUAAACUUGUACUAUGAAUUUUAGUUCACGAAAUCUUUCUGGUCUCUUUGGAUCACCAGUGCAAAUGUAUCAGUCGAUACAUUCUUUAUGCUAACUGGACUACUACUAGUUUACAAUCAAACGGCGAAGACAUCCAGACUAGAUUUCUUGAAGAAUCUACAUGUAUUUUACUUGAAUCGUCUCCUACGUAUGUUUCCUGUAUUAGCAACUGGAAUACUUCUUCAAGCAUCUUUUCAAAACCAUAUAACUGACGGGCCUUACUGGGGAGUAGUCGCAAAGAGUACGGACGACUGUCGACAAUACUGGUGGACAACUUUGCUCUACAUUCAAAAUUUAGUCAGUUACGGCUAUUUGUGUCUUGGCCACAGUUGGUAUCUUGCUGUAGAUAUGCAAUUAUAUGCAUUGUCUCCCAUUGUUCUGGUUUGGAUACUAGGUGGAAACAAGAGAUCUGCAUGGAUGGCGUUGAUUGGUUCUCUACUAGCAGUACUCACAGCUACUACCAUAUACAACUUCAUAAUGGAGUUCCAGGCUUCUUCUUUUGCUAUGUCACGAUCGCCAGAAGAUUCAGCUUUCUAUACUCGAUAUUACUAUAUUCACACUUUCCCUAGAGCAGCACCAUUUUUUGUCGGGAUGGUCUUUGGAUAUGUGUUGCAUUUAUGUCGUGGAAGAAAAGUUCGGUUAUCAAAGGUAAUGAUUUUAAAUAUAUAAAAAGUAUCAGUAGUAAUUUUACAGUAUGGUCAUUUUGUAUUACUUAAAGCAUUUAUAGUUAUUACUUUUUGUUGACUCUUAUAAUAACAACUGAGAUCUUUGUACAAUAUAAUCAUCUCUUUUAUAUUUUGUAGGUUUUAGUGGGGUUCUCAUGGCUACUCGCGUCGAUCACGUCUUUGACUGUUAUCUUUUCUACUUACUUCGUCGUUCAACCGGAAUGGGAUAAUCAAAACGUUGAUAGCAUUAUAAACUCCUUUAUGAGACCAGCUUGGGCUGCUUGUGUUGCAUGGCUGAUUUUUGCAUGUGUUCACGGUUAUGCAGGUCCGAUGAACUGGUUUCUCUCGUUAAGUUUAUUCAAGUUCUUAGGUCGACUGUCCUAUGCUAUGUAUAUUUUACAUCUACCAAUUAUCUACAUAAUUAAUGCUACAACCUUGGCACCUAUUUACUUCUCAAUAGAAUUUUCUGUAAGUACUGUCAAUAUAUUUUGAUUUAUAUUAAUAUUAAUCAUUGAUACUUAGUCAUUUUCUUCUUUCAGAUGCAUAAAUUCAUUGUUGAUUUGAUAAUAACGAUAACUGUUUCUUUCCUUGUAAUGAUUUUCAUUGAUGUACCAUUCUCAACUAUUUUUGGAAUGUUACUUAAAAGUAAGUAAACUAUUUUUACCUAUACUAUCCUGUUAAACAACAGCCUUUUUCUGUAACGUUCUAAACCUUUUGGUGUUAC